AUGGCCUCAGCCAGCCAAGUUCCAACGUUAUCCUCUUCAUCUAAUAGGAAUCUAUACGAUGUAUUAAGGUCAAUAUCAUCGAACUCGUUGAAACGAGCACGCACUGCUGAAGACAGCUCUGAGGAAGUGGAGGAUCCUGAAGACGAUGACAAUGAUGAUGAUGAUGAUGCUAUUACAAUGCUGAUGGAACCUACCGUUCCAUCCUCUUCUGAUACUGCUGCUCAAGAUCGUGAAGAUCGUGAAGAUCGAUUCGUCAAAUUGGCUUCUACUGUCCUAUACACCGAUGCGUCAUGCCGCAAAAAAAUCAAACGAAAGCGAGACACUAAAAAAGAUGAUACAUCUGCAUCAACAACCAACACAACAACAACAACAACAACAACAACAACAACAACAACAACAACAACAACAUCUGCACCAAUAGAUUCCGACAAAACUGCAGUGAAGAAAGAGAAAAAGCAUGUCACUAAUCCAUUGAACAUUAUGGAUCAUCAUAUCGAAUCGGAUUUGGACCGCUACGAGGCACUCCUCCAAGCAGAAGACGAGCAAAUCCAGCAUUUGCAGGCCACCCGCAAGCGGAUUCGACAAGAGCAGGUGGACGUCUGGGCUAUCUAUAAAUAUGGUCUUACCAAGAUUAAGAAUUUGAGUGAUCUAAGCAAGGCGCCAGAUGCAAUCAUGCCUGGGAACCUUGGUGGCCAGUCAGUCAAUGUGACGAAAUAG